CCCCAACUCGCGCGACUACAGAGUCGCUGCCUCCAGCCUAUGAUUCAAAGUAGUGUAGACUUCUUGCCCGGCUCCAGCUGUCUCUAGUCUCUCCAGGAAUGAGAAGCGAUGGCCAGCUCUGCCAACGAGGAGAAAACAUUCAAGAGGUUCUUGGAGCUCUUCUUGCGGGAGAUGAGGCCACCUCUCCAGGAGGACGUACCUCUACCGAUGCGCCCCUUGACGGACCUGAUCUCGGAGGACGAGGUGGAGGGGGAAUGUCUCGACCUGUGUCUCCAGCACCUGUGUAAAUACAAUUGCCCUUUUUCCUUGGCUGCAGGCCUGGCCCGUGGUACAGCAGACAGUAUCCUGCAAAGCGAUCUCUCCAUGUACUAUCUCAACAAGAGUGUGGAGGAUGGCACAGACACGCUGCCUCCAGAGAUCGAUUCGGUGAAGCUGGCCCGGCUGGUCUUUAAUAAGCUGUGCGAGACGUGUUGUCAUUGGCUAAAGGAGUUCCCGUAUCGCCGCCGCCACUUGCCAUACUACGAGACCUCCAUCCACGCUAUUAAAAACAUGCGUCGAAAGAUGGAAGACAAACACGUUGUCAUUCCUGACUUCAACACACUUUUCAAUCUACAGGAUCAGGAAGAGCAAGCUUUUUACGCUGUGUUUGAUGGUCAUGGUGGGGUGGAUGCUGCCAUUUACGCGGCCAAUCACCUGCAUGUAAACCUGGUCAGACAAGAAAUGUUCAGUCAAGAUCUUGGAGAGGCUCUGUGUCACUGCUUCAAACUGACUGAUGAGCGGUUCAUACAGAAGGCAAAACGUGAGAAGCUGCGCUGUGGCACUACAGGGGUCGUGACGUUUCUGAGGGGUCGCACACUGCACGUGGCUUGGCUGGGCGACUCACAGGUCAUGAUGGUGAAGAGAGGUCAACCAGUGGAGCUGAUGAAACCACACAAACCAGAGAGAGAGGAUGAGAAAAAGAGGAUUGAAGCUCUGGGUGGGUGUGUAAUCUGGUUCGGCACAUGGAGGGUGAAUGGUAGCCUGUCCGUUUCCAGAGCCAUCGGUGAUUCAGAACACAAGCCCUAUAUCUGUGGAGACGCUGACUACAGUGCCUUCAACCUGGACGGCAGUGAGGACUACUUGAUCCUGGCCUGCGACGGCUUCUACGACACAGUGAAUCCAGAGGAAGCUGUGCGAGUCGUCAGCGACCACUUGCAGGAGAACAACGGGGACACCGCCAUGGUGGCCCACAAGCUAGUUGCCUCGGCCCGAGACGCGGGGUCCAGCGACAAUAUCACAGUCAUUGUGGUGUUCCUCAGGGACCCCCGUUUGCCCCCACCCUCAGAUGAACCGGAGGAGGAGCAGGAAGAGGAGCUGGUGGAGGACGCGGGAGAGGAGAAAGAGGAAGUGGAACCCUUGCAGAGUGAGCUGGUGUGUCAAGAUGGAGGGGCAGAGAAUGGAGGAAAGAACCGGGGCGGCUGGCCACUCCAGCAGUGCUCUGCUCCAGCCGACCUGGCCUAUGAAGACCGCAUGGAUUCGUUUACGGACAGAACAAGUCUGAGCAUCAUGGGGCCGGACCUGCGUGCAGAGACUGGCUGCUUCAGGCUCCCAGAUUCAUCCAGUCUCCCCCCGAUGAGAACCAUCAUGCCAGACCUCAUACCCCCCUACAGGGGGGGCGGCGCAGCCUGGCGCCCCUACUCAGAGGAUGGCCCCUCUGGGCACAGGCAAAAGCCCCAGCCUAAACCCAGAGUGCCCUCCUACACGCAGACCACCUCAGAUGGACAAUUGUUGGAGGUGGCUGCGCUCUUCCCUCAGGAGGGCCGGAGGAAGAGGCGGCUGGAGGUCAUGCCGCUGAGGAGGGAAUCACAGCGCCUGAUCCGGAGGGCUAGAGAAAGUCACGGUCCUCUGAGCUGCUUCCCUAGUGUGCCCUACCCUCUCCGCUCUGCAGAGAGGAAGCCUGGGAUAGCCUUUCCCCAUGUAACCCACAGCAAAAGGGUCUAAUCGAUAACUUCCUUGCCCCAUCAUGCCGCCCUCCGUACCUGAAGCUAAAAUGUGUUCAUUUCACACAACACAUGGCGUGGGCUUACACAAACAUACAUGCAUACUCUGUUCCAAAACCUAGUGAGCAGCCUUCAUAGGCAGCAUUUUGAGGAAAAUUUUAGUCACCUUGUAUUGGACAAAUUUUAAUACAAUCCCAAAAUGAAGAGUGAACAUCUUGAUCAAAACAGUUUACUAUAAUUUAAACCUGUUUUACCCAAUAUUUGUGUAUAUUAUAUAUAGUUAUGGCUAUCAGCAUGGAAGCUUAUUUCUGCCGUGGAAUAAAAAUAUAAUAAUGUUACUUUUUUUGGUUCACAAUUGUGAGUUUAUGUCUCACAAUUCAGACAUUUUUCUUAUGUUAUAAACCUUUGCACUUUUUCUCAGAAUUCUAAAAAAAAAAAAAAAAAUAGAUUUGACGAAUGCAAACUUGGAAUUCUGAGAUUAAGAAUUCAGAUUUCUGAGGCCCUGUUACCCUAGUGCCUUUUAAUUUUAAAAUGAUCCUCGUCUACACUGGCAUUUUUACGGCAUUUCAGAAAUGAUCUGUCAAAACGCACGUCACAUGACCUUUUACAACAAUGAGUAUGAUGCUAUUGCUUUCAUGGUCGCCAAGAAUACACAGAAUGAAUGCGGGGAGCCAAGUUAUCGUUUUCAAAAGUCUCCCCAUUUUGGUCCAUUUAACCUUAGCAAAAGUUAUACUUUUCUAAAACACGCUAGUGUAAGGGAAAACAUUGCGAGAUGUAAACUCAUAAUUCAGAAUAAAAAAAGAAAUGUAAAUUCAGAAUUCUGAGAAAAAAGUAAUAAAUAAGCUCAACAUGCUGACAGCAAACCCUAAUGAAAAUCCUUGUGUUAACUGUAAUUUGUGUUGCUGCUUGUGUAGAGGAUUCAAAUGAGUCCAUUGUGAGGUUCCACAGAUGGAUGUCUGUGUAGGGAGCAGGCAGCGAGGCAACUCACUGCGUUCUGGAACAGAAACACAAAUCAAACAUAUGAGAUCCUACACUGCUUUAACGCUUCUACUCUCGUCUUAUAUGAGCCAGCCUAUCAGAAUCCUUCACCACUCUCAGCCAGCUUCCUCCUCAUCCUCAUAACCCUCUCUCUGGUCCAGAAUUAUUUGUGUUUGUGUGGAAGGAGAAAAAGAGUGUUAACACUAUCUUCUGGUCAUAUCCACACACACACACACUCACACACAGAAGAGGAGUCUCAAACAAACCCAGUGUAGAAUCAAUCAGUCAGGAGUCUUAUAUCUGGUGUUUGAUGCGAGAGACAUGAUCCAGCUUGUGCUUAUUGAAGCCAUUUUAAUGUUCAAACACUAGUCUUCAGAGGAGCUGACAUUAUAGACCUCGGAAAUUAUUUUUUUUUCCUUUUUAUCUGAAGCGUUUACUUAUUGUAUGAACUGGUUACUCGAGGAUGUAAUGAUGUCUAUAAAUUACAGCUUAGGAUUUGUCUAUAAAUUGCAGCUCAUGCAUAAUUAUGAGUGGCAUCAUAUGCAUGUGUGUCUUCAUGUUUUUAGCACACAUGCGGUUUAUGACCCCAUGUUUUACCUUUUUCAUUUUGUUAGACGUGUCCAUUCAUCUAAAAACCAUGGAUGGUGCUUUUCACAAAUAAGAUACAAUUGUGUUUUUUUUUUAACUUACCGAUUUAUUUUAAUUCAAUAAUAGUAUGCCUUUCAUUUGAAUGUUUAUUUUGUUUAUUGCUAGGAAAUAACCAAAUUACUUGAUAAGUGGGUUGCAAAAAAAUGCAAACCUCAUAAAAUCAAUGUAAAAUAAACUCAUAUAAUAUUUAGUUUGACCUCGUUAGGUUGACGGUCAUCAUUUUCUGACCAUUUGUUGAAAGAACUAAAAAUCAUUUGAUUUUUAAGAGGCUCUGUUUUGUAUUCUAUUUGUGGAAAGUGCUGGGCUGGUUUUGGGCAGCUGCCACGUCGAAGCAUUUGCACAUUCCCCACAUUUCCAGCCACCCUUUGAUGACGCUAACUACAAAUAACAUAACCCACUGACAGACUACACCUGUUGCUUUUCCAAUCACUGCCUUGGAGAGAAACAUAUCAGAUCAAAUUUAGAUGCAGUAUAUAUUCAAUACACUUUCAGUUUCAAAACCAAAGAUGAAAAUGACUGAGUAUUUAUCAGGAGACACUACCUAAACAGUGCUUCAUCUACAAGAGCUUGUUGUUAAGUACUGUAGAGAAAUAUUAGUCCAAGAUAUUCACUUCCUGUUCAAAACAAAUAUGUUUGGCCAAAUAUCUCUUAUCAGUGAUCUUUAUAUUGGCAAGCUGGAUUAAGAUUUGAAUAAUUGUCAGAUUUAGGUUUGUAUGGGAUGUGUAAAUGUAGCCAGAGAGGUUUGCUUGACAACAGAAUAGGGCUGACAGGAGAUGCUCGUAGUCUGAAGUGCCCCUCAGGUGUUGAGGACAUGGAUAGUUGAGUUUUAGUAGCACAAUGCGUGCCUUUAUUAUCUUCAACAUGGGUCUGUUUCUGACAGGCUUGAAAGUGGAUGAAGAGUAAAUCCGAUUGCUCUACCACUUUUUUUCUAUACACUACCAGUUUCUUUAUUUAGAAAUGGAUACAACACUUAAGAUCAGGAGAGAAUUUGUUGCAAUUUUUAAAUGGUACAUAUACAUAUAUCUUUUACACACCCUUAAAUAGAUAUUUUGAAGAAUGUUGGUAACGGUUACCAUUGACUGUCAUUGUAUUUACAAAACAAACAAAGACAUUUAAAAAAUAUAUUUCAUAUUUUUGGAAUGACUUGAGGGUGUGUAAAUUAUAUUAGAAUGUUUAUUGUCAUUUUUGUGUGAUCUAUCCAUUUAAGAUUACCACAUAAAAUAAUUUUGCCUCAUUUUUAAAAAUGAAUCAAAUAUAUGCCCUGUAAGCAACGGUCACAAUGUUUCCAAAGUAUAAAUUGAAUAGGCUACAUUAUCUUAGACUGAGACUAGUGUGAUCAAAUCCCUUACCAACUUGUCUGUGCCAUUAUAUUCAAUCUUUAAGCUAAUUCAAAGAUCUUUGCAACUCAAAUAACAACAAUUUGAACUUGCUUUAAUAACAAAAUUCCAGUUUCCAGCCAUUCCACCUGUUAACAGUCAUAUUUUGGAACUAUUUAAAGUUAUUUGCAAUUUUAACCGUCACCAUUUAUCUGAUUAUUCAUUCUUUAAUCUUCUUACAGUACAUAUACGCGUUUUCAUAUUUGACACGUAUGAUGAUGUCACGGCUAUGAUGACAUUAGAUGCUUCUGUUCAAGAUACAUGUGCUGGUCUUGUGCUAGAACUGCUGCAACCCUUACCUACUUCCCCCUUUACAUCUAGAACUAGCGGAAACACUUGUGCCAUCCCUACUGUGCCAUUGCACUGAUCGGUUUCCAUUUCUUUAUUUUAUUUGUUGGCGGAGGGAUGGAUAAUGGGCGGGGGCGGGGCAUAAACGUCCAUUACUUGUGUGUUGUCAUUCAAGCUCCCUUCAUCUGCCUCAAACCAUGAAAUUCACCCACACAAGCCAGAGCUUAACGCCAUCAGAAAAGGGGGCUUGAAUGAGAAGUUGAUCUGUUAUGGCGCAUUUUAACUGGUCCUGAAUGUACAUCCAGAUGUCGAAUGUACUGUAAGAGGAGCCCUUCAAACAGAAACAUGGAGCAGGAUCAAUGAAACUUUUACCCCGCAUUAAAAGACGCCCAGACUGUCCCGAAUGUAUGUACGCAAUCUACCGUCCAUUAUGACAUUCGCCACAGGAUUUUCAACCCUUUGUGGAAGUUUCUAAGCACGUCACAGGCUGCCCUGCCAGAUACAUCAUGCCUCGUAAAUCCUAGAUGUGCACUAGAAGCGGAAAAUGUUCCCUCGCGGCUUUCGAGAUGGGAUUGAUGACCAGAGAUUGAUGAGUGCAGCUCACAGGACACGGACCUCGGGAUGAAGCUGCGCUCGAGAUGAUAUACACGGCGUAGAUUCAGAGACAACCUUCCUCAUUCGCCCUCACCAUCAUGUACAAUCUCCCUCACGAUCAUUCCUCUAGCACCUCACACGGGGCACAAAUUAUAUAUCGGAAGUGUAGUAACUUACAUAUAUUGUAUACAUGUAUGUGUGUUUUGAGCGUGUGCGUGAGUGCGCGUAACAUUUGGGAUGUGUAUGUGACGUCUGUCUUCUAAAUGUGCUAUUUUAAUCACCACUGGUAACUCAGAUGGAUCAAAAGUCUGUAAUGCUUUUCAGUAACCCUUGGCCCCGCCCCCUUCCCACUGAAGUUCGUACUUGAAACUUGGAUGCGCGCGAAGUCUAACAGAUGCAGCCGCGCUGGGAGUCUGUAAUACAUUCACAUGCUCUCACUUAUUCACCGAGUGGUAAUGAGUCAAAGGACCAAAGUUUUCGGACGGUUCGUUUCAGUGAAGAACAUCUCACUUCAUCUUCACGUACUCUUGAGCCUUGGCCCCCCGUGGACUGACUGUUAGACUCAGCGUUACCCCUGUUAGCGAUAGUUUCUGCGUCGAGGCCGCGCUCUCGAUCUUUCAUGACGGUUAGCCCUCCUCACUUGCUGUCACUGCUUUUGUCCAUGUACUGCUCUUUUUCUGCUAGCAAUAAUGAACCUACGCAAGCCAUGAGUGAAGAGAGCUCUUCAAAGGGCUCGUCUUCUCUAAAGCAAAGCUGAGGAAGGGUUUCCAGACAACUUAAAGGGGGAAAAAAACAAACGUAUCUUUAAAAAGAAACCUAUGUAACUGAUGGUCAUCACUGUAUUCUAUUAAACCUGUGUUGAUGAGAAACCA